AUGAUUCUGCUCUGCGGCGUUGUUUUCCUGCCUUUGCUUUGGCUCACAGACGCCCCCUAUCGUUUGAGUUUGCAGCAGCGGCUGGACAUCCUGAUUGGUGCUGCCCGGGGCUUGGAGUAUCUCCACAGCUUUGGCAUCGUGCAUCGCGACAUCAAACCCGCUAACAUCCUCGUCACCACCGACAUGCAGGCCAAGCUUGCGGACUUCGGGCUUGUGAGAGUGGAGGAAGGGAGCCUCGUGGGGUCCACUCGAGUGGUAGGAACACCGGGCUUUGUGGACCCUGACUAUGCCAGGACAGCCAAGGCAACCACCGCUGCAGACGUUUACAGGUAUCAGUGGGAAGGGUGUAGGGUAUCGGUGGGAAGGGCGUGUGGGGUAUUGGUGGGAAGGGUGUAG